AUGUGCAACCAGACUGUCCAUAGCCAGCCGACUAUACAUGCCAGUGCGACCAAGCACCAGCCUACCAAGGAGCCUGAAUUGAAGCACAGCGAGCCCUCACCAUGCUAUCAAGCGCAACAAGGCACCGCCGCAAUCCACCCUAGUAACUUGUGCGAACGAAGAGGUGGUGUUGCCGCGCGCGGCGCAGGUAGUCAUUCCAGGGUCCCCAUUCCAUGCGCAAAACCGAGAGCCAACGCCCCCAUACAUCGCAGCUUCACACGACACGAGGAAGACCAAGACGAAGAUGAAGAUAGCAGCUAUGAAACAUAUUCGAUUUCUCCCCCACUCUCCCCCAAAACAAUAGUGCACCCACGAACCCUCAGGAACCAGCGCAACUAUCUAUCCACAACAUCAUACCAGCAUCCUUCGCUGAAGCGCAGAACAGGCUGGAAACCAAGUCUAAAGGAGGAACUUUUACGCAGGACAUCUAUUGAAGCUGCUGCCAUGGGAUACGCAGACCCGCGCUCCACACGCACAAGUCACUCACCAGAUACUACUCCCACCACUACCACUACCACAACCACAACCACAACCACAACCACAACAACAACAACAACAGCAAAUACAACAACAAAAAGCUCGGAUCCCUCAAACAAAGACUCCACAAAUACGCCACAACAAGAGGAGCAGCAGCAGCCACGACGCCGUCGGGGAUCGACACUCCUGCACCCCUCGUCACCCGUAGCAACGCCCGCGGUCCCCUCAGCAUCCUCGUCAUGCUCAGCAGCAAUAGCAAAAGCGCCUCCAACGAACAACGCACCAGAUACACCUCCGCCAUCACCCUGUCCACCCUUUUUCCCCCACCACCUCAUGCUACCCCCUCGAAAAGGCUCAUCCCUUCUUCACCCUUCACCGCCUCCAAACGCGAUACCAUUGCACGCGACUGGGCAAUUUAAAACCGUCUUGUCUUUUCCCCCGAGAAAGAUAUGGGCAGACGGUAAUCGCAUAAGCGGCGGACCCUUGUCGCCAGCGUUAUCCCCGACGUCUCCGUCGUCGUUGGUAGAUACGGGUGCAGCGUCACAAGAUGACAUUGUUGGUGGCGGCGGCGGCGGUGGUGCUGGUGCUGGUAGCAAAGGGAAACAGCCGCAGCAGCAGCAGCAGCAGCAGCAGCAGCGGCGGCAACGACGAUGGCGCGGCCGACAAGAAUCCGUGGUGCAUUCUUGUUUUUCAGAAGCAGAGACGGAAACAGAGGCAGAGGCAGACAUGGACAGCGAUGACAACGACAACGACAACGACGAGCAACAGCAGCAGCAACAGCAACAGCAGCAGCAACAGCAACAGCAGCAACAGCACGAGGACGCAAAUGAAGCGUUUCGAGGCAAGAAUAGGAACAGAGGACUCACGAUUCGACCAAAGGGCAACUGA